AGCCGCUGGCCCACGCCCCGCCCUGGGGCCAUGGAGCCUGCCGCCACCCCAUUAGAGCCCGCUGCGAAGCAGCCAGCGAUGGGCGUGGCAGACCCCGCCGGCGGACCGGCGGCGGACCCGGGCCAGGCGGCCCCGGCAGCGCCCUCUCCGGGCACGGCCUGCCCGCGGCCCGAGGACCGGGUGAGCCUCAGGGCGGCCUUUGACGCCCUCGACGCCGACAAGGACGGCGAGGUCACCCGCGCCGACCUCGAGGCGGCCGUCCGCCGCCUGGCCGGUGGGCACGCUGGCGGCCGCGCGCUCUUCGCCGCCGCGGACCGGCGCGGCGGCGGCGCCCGGGAGCUCGAGGACUUUGCGCCCGCGGUGCUGCAGACGGCGGGGCUGCCUCCUCUGGCCGCGGAGCGGGGCGGGCCGGGAGGCCCAGGCGCCGAGUACCUCGCCAGGCACGGACUGCGCGCCGUGUGCGAAGAAAUGCUCGAGGGGAUCGCUGGCGCGAUGCCGGAAGACCCGCACGCGUGGAUGAUGCGCUUCCUGGCGGAGCGCAGGUCGACGCGGCAGGUCGCCCAGGCUGCGCCCGAGCCUGCCGGCGACGCCGCCUCAGCGAAGCUGAAGCCCUGGCGGGUGAAUACGAGCGCCGUCUUGCGGAAGGCGCCGAAGAAGCUGCUGGACGCUGUGCUGGUGAAGCCACGCUGGGAGCAGGUGGAGAGCUCGGAAGACCAGCAGUGCGACCUGUACUUCGUCUGGGACUCUCGGGCCUUCCUGAGCAGGCUGGGCCACCCGUGCGGCGCCACUGCGGAGACGGUCCGACAACUGCCGGCGGACGCGCGGAUCAAUCGCCUGCCCGGGAUGGGUCAGCUUUGCGACAAGGUCAACAUGGCAUUGGCGCUGCGAUUUCUGCAGCAGUUGUGGCCUGAGAGGUUCUCCUUCUGGCCGAAGAGCUGGCUUCUUCCUGCGGAGAGAGAGCGCCUGAGCAAGUGGCUGAGCAAGCGUAAAGGCGAGACCGUGAUCGUCAAGCCCGCGGAUGGGUCGCUGGGAGAAGGCAUUUUCCUAGCGCAGACGGCCUCGGACCUAGAGGUGAAGCUGUCGGCGAAGCCCCAGUGGGGCGCCGGAUUUGGCGCCCUGGCCCAGCGCUAUCUGCCGAGGCCACUGCUGAUCGGAGGGCUUAAGUUUGACCUGAGGCUCUACGUAGUGGUCCUUUCGACGGACCCACUUCAAGCAUACCUCUGCAAAGAGGGGCUUGCGCGGUUCUGCACUUCCAAGUAUGAGAGCCCCACGCAGGCCAAUGUCAACCAGCAUUACAUGCACCUCACAAAUUUUUCCGUGAACAAGAAGUCCGCCACCUUUGUGAAGUCCAACGACCCCUUCGACGUGCACUCCGAGGCCAGCAAGCGCCCGCUGUCCACUCUCUUGCGGCAGAUCGCAUGCCAGGAGGCCGCGCAGGGGCGCGUGUUCGACGAGGCGAAGCUCCUCAGAGCCUUCGAGGAAGUGGUCUCCGUGCUCCUGCAGGCCGUUGCCCCCGUGCUCAACGUCACCUACGAGCGUGUCGCGAAGGAGCUGGCGCCUAAGCGCCGUGCUCGGGCGCCGGCGGCCAGGAAGCCAGGGGCGCACCGGGCGGCCCGCUCAGACUCGGGGAGCGACGAGGACGAGGAGAGCGAGAGCGGCGAGGACAGCGAGGAGGGCUUCAGGCCCCAGUGCUUCCAGGUCCUCGGCGUGGACGUGCUCCUGGACGACAGCCUGCAGCCGUGGCUGCUCGAGGUCAACGGGCGGCCGUCGAUGGACGUCGAGGAGCCCGUGAGGAUGGCGGAGGCGCCCGAGGGCAUGCGGCGCUGUGCCUGCCGUGACAUGGACGGCGAGGAGCACGUGCACCUGCCGAGCCUGGUCGACCUGCACGUCAAGAAGGCUGCGCUCGGCGGGGCGCUGGAGCUCGCGCUGGGAGGCUCGGUGCCGGAGAGCUACGUGGAGCUGGACUUUGGCCGCUUCGCCCCCUCGGAGGGCCUGGAGGACACGAUGCAGUCGAUCGCCAGCCUGUACCAGCUCGCCGGCGGAGCCAAGAAGGCCUUCACGACCUACGGCGUGAGGCGGGCGCUGGCGGGGGCCCUGCAGGCGGGGGGCCUCAGUGCACACGACGUGGACGCCGUGGUGACCCGGUGGAGGCACCAGGGCUACCGCGAGGGCAGCGACCUGGAGCAGGACAGGGCCGAGAUCGGCGUGCUGGACUUCGCCUCGCUGCUGCAGGAGGUGGCUGCGCUGCGGGCGGGCGCGGAGGAGGAGGACCCGCUGGAGGCGCUGUCCUCCCUGCUGGCGGACUGCGAGACGGAGUGACCCCCCAUGCCGUGGCCGACGGCACCCCGGAGCACCGCUCUCGCAGUCUCAUCUCCGUGCCCCCCCUCUUGCCGGCCCGCGUGGCCCCAGCCACGCCAGCGUGCCCCAUGGCCUGGGCCAGGCUCGCGGUGUGGCCCGCGGGCCUCCGUCUCCGACGCCUCCUCCUCGCUCACUCCAGCUCCCUCUGCCGCU